AAUUCGGUAACGAGGUUGUUGUAAUUGUUGUGAAUAGUUGAUAAGCAAAAGAACAGCUGAAAGAAAAACUUUCGAUAUGGAGCCUCAAGAUAUUUAUUACAACAAGGCGGAAUACGUCGAGACGGCUUCGGGUAAUAAAGUGAGCAGGCAAACGGUGCUCUGUGGAUCGCAGAAUAUAGUUCUUCAUGGUAAAGUUAUCGUUCAAUCUGACGCUAUUAUCAGAGGUGACCUGGCGAAUGUUAGAACCGGCCGUUACUGCAUCAUCAGCAAGAACGUCGUUAUUCGUCCUCCGUUCAAAAAAUUCAGCAAGGGCGUAGCCUUCUUCCCUCUGCAAAUGGGAGAUCACGUGUUCGUUGGUGAGCGAGCAGUUGUUAAUGCAGCAGUCGUUGGUUCUUACGUUCACAUAGGAAAGGAUGCUCUGAUUGGGAGGAGAUGCAUUUUGAAAGACUGCUGCUUCAUCGAGGACGGCGCUGUGGUGCCUCCAGAAACUGUCGUGCCUUCCUUCACACGAUUUUCUGGCAAUCCUGCUACCUGCGUAGAGGAUUUGCCGGAGUGUACCUUAGAUUUGAUGCUCGAUUACACUAAGAAUUAUUAUCAGCAUUUCCUACCGGCUAGAGUUUAAAAUCAAAUCUUUCAACACUCAACAGCUGCGUUGAAACUUUAUUAUAUCGGUAGUCUAACAAGUGUUUUUCUCUCAAUCCAUCGAUCUCUGCAAUCUGCUAGUUAACACUUGAAUGAGUGAACACAGGUGUAACUCAUUCCUGGCUCCUUUGUGUUAUGAGUCACUAUUGAUAUGCUUUUUGAACUGAGCUGGGGCGAAAUUUUUAAAUAAACUUGCGUCAGCGCAUGGCGCGAAGCUAAUUUUAGGUGUAUAGUACAAUCUAACAAUGGUGACUAAUCGAAUGACUAAUUGAAAUGGACCGGCCAGAAUUGUUUCCAUAUGCGACACAAUAACGUGUCUCAAUAUGAUAUUAACUACAGUAAAUGUAUAGUUUCCAUUAAUUUAUUAUAAUUAUAAUGAUAGAAUAUAUUAUUCGAAUCGUAUUGUGAUAUCAAAUACAUGCAAUCGCAGUUUCGUUCGUAAUUGAAACCAA